AAACUGACCAUGUCAGCCAGAUCUUCCCUCAAGAAGAUGUCGCAGGCUAAGGGUCAAUCUUCUGGUUGGGCUGCUUUUGAUUUCAAGCAGAGACAGAAACAGGGUCUUGAAUCUGAAGUUGCCCAGGACCCAUUCCCGGCUAUAGCAAGCAAACGCAAUUCUUUGCCUCAGGGUGAGAAGAUGCUCAGGAAUAACCACGCUCUGCUCAAGUCAUUUUCUUCAGUCCUCCUUCCUUCUAUUAAUUUUCCAGCUGCGAAAGAGAAUGGGAAUAACAAAACUAUGUUUUUAAGCGGUGACUCUGGUGGCAAUCAUCGUAGUGCUGUUCCUCUGAAAGAUGCUACAUUAGCCACAAAGAAGCUCAAAGAGCAACAUUGUUGGGCUGAAAAUAGCUUGAUUGAAGAUGUGUUGGCUACUGUGAGUAAUGAUAUUUCUAAGGCCUCAACAUUUUUGGAAGCAAUGGCUUCUUCAGUCAACUUUGAAGAACAUAUUAUGGCUUCUGCAGUCAAUUCUGAAGAUCAAAAUGAAUCAAUUGUUCCUCGAUCAGCUGCUUUGGCUGAUAUUCCAUGUGAUAAGGCAAAUAAAGGCCUCGCUUUAGAAAAUCCAACGGACCUUGCUCCUUUUGGUUCUACUCAUUCUGGUCAUCACAAAGACUAUGACAAAGACCAUGAAGGUGGAAAAACUUCCCUAGUCCAAAGCUUCUCUGGCCAUGAAAACUUGAGAUUCAAUACUGGUCUCUUGAACUCUGUUCCUGUUGAGCCUGAGUGGGAAGAGGAUGAUGUUUAUUUAAGUCAUCGAAUGAAUGCAUUGCGAGUGAUGAGGUCAGCAUCCCGACACUCAAAGGGAGCCACUAAUGCUUUUCUGAGAGGUGAUCAUUGUUCUGCUCGGCAGCACUCAAUGAAGGCCCAAGAGAACUUGCUUACUGCUCAAAGACUUAAUGCUAAGGCUGCCAAAGAAAUUUUUAGUAUAAGGAAUAGUGAAAAUGAUAUAUGGAGAUUGGAUUUGCAUGGUCUUCAUGCAUCAGAAGCUAUUGAAGCCUUGCAAGAAUAUCUGCAUAGAAUUGAAAGCCAGGGAUUCUUAAAAGGUUCAAAUGGAGUGAAGGAUGAGGAUGGGGUUGUAGAUUUGACUUCUGGCUCAGUUAAUAGCAUGGAUAAGCGAAAUUUAGAUAAAAAGCAGGCACCUGUAAGGCUUAGGUCAUCAGCUUUGGAAGUCAUAACAGGUAUUGGUAAUCAUAGUCGAGGACAAGCUGCUCUUCCAACAGCUGUGAGAAGUUUCCUUAAUGAAAAUGGAUACCGUUUUGAAGAGAUGAGACCAGGAGUACUCGCUGUGUGGCCCAAGUUUCGUCGAAGUUGAUUUCUGACCUUGUGGGAUCUAUGCAAAAUAUGUCAUUGUACCAUUUCAAAGCUUCAUCAGGACUGCUGAGCUAGUUUUAGCAACACUUGAUUCUUGUCAAUUGAGAUUUCCCUCUUUAGGUGGAAUCGUAACAGGUUAUCUUUGUAAGUUCAGGAAGGGAAAACUCGCUUAAAAAUUAUGAUAUUGAAGCAAUAUGCUGUGUGUAUAAACAUCUGCAAAUUCAGAUCCAUUGCUGAUAUGACGUGGCUCAGCCUGGGCCGGCUAUUCACAAUGUGGACGAGAAAGAUACGCGUCCCUCCCCUUCAAAAGCUAAGUUUAGAAACUUUUGAAUUGUCGAGCAGUCGUUGUCUUUGUCCUAUUGGUAGUGAAUGAAUGGUUUCCAGUAUUUAUUUAAGAAAAACAUUGUCAACAAGUCAAAGUAUUCGCUGCAUGUGGAAUGGUCUCCUCCUGGUUCAUAUAUGUGUAUGUAUAUGUAUGUAUAUAUGUGUGUAUCCCAUUUUCAGAUUGGAAUAAUUUGGGGGAAAAACGUGUCCAAUUUUUCUUUCUUUUGCAUAUUCCAUAAUGUACCAAUGCUUCAAUAAACAAAAGGUACGUGUAUUGCAUUUAAAAA